AAUAGAUUAAAUGACAAAGGAUAUUUCACACUCAAAUAGAAAAUUACUAACAUAUCAAAACCGAAAUCGAGGUGAUAAAUAAAUGAUGUUUCGAAAAAUCGAUGUCGACGUAAAGUAGUAACUAAAAAUACAGCAUUAUUUAUUGUCUUCGCCUUCACUUUAUGCUAAUCCGAUCAAUGAACUCAAUUCAAAGCUUUUGCUUAAUGACUAUGAUAUAUAGAUUUUUCCUGGCUUUUAUUUAUUUAACCCAGGCACACAAAUUGUAAACGACAAAGGCCAUCAGAGGACUCGUCUCAGUUUGCAAUUAGAUUUUAUUUAUUUUUCUGUUUUUUGAGCGAAAGUUUUGAGUGGUAUGGUAUGACUGUGAAAACAGUCAGAACAAUAUAACAAUCAGAUUAAAUAAUGUUUUUACAAUAAAUACAAUAAAUGUUCCGAAAACAUUUUAUGUCCCUCCAUGCUAUUUCGAAAGGACAAGGAACUAUGGCGUUAUGCGUCAAAAAACCUGUCAAGAGAUUUCGAUGGGAUGAACAAUCAUUCACAACAGCCACCUCCCCAUCAACAUCAACACCUCUUUCAAACGGAUCUUCAAUACCAGAACUUGCAGCAAUACCAGAAUUCAUUUUGUCAUACUAUGAUAACAUCAAACACGCUAACAUCCAACAUCGAAUAUUUUGGUUCGUUUACGGAAGUAAGCUACGAACAGAAAGCGAACGAUUCCGAAAGUGGAUGUACUUGUGGAAACGAUUGCGACGCUUUCACUGUCGUUACAAACGAAGAGGGACAAGCUCAAAACCAGACACACCUCAGGCGCUCAUUGGAUUACUUACCCAGAUUAUCCCAUUGUUCCCUCCAAUCGAACCUGAUGAACCAGUUGAAUCCAACUAUAUCGAUAACGAAUGUAACAACGGCUGCUUCAAAUACAAAUACGGGAACAUUUUCGGCGACAGUAAAUAUGCUGCGAAAUUGUUGUGGAGUCAGCGGUCUGCCUACAGAUUAUCCCUCAAUCAAUUCGAUUUCCCAUCAAAACGAAAAACCAGAUAUAGGCCAACAAGCAGUAGAUGGAAAACAAUUACAAAAGUCUCAACACACCUUUCGAAAGUUUAUGAAAAUGCUGAAUCGGCAACAACAAGGGGAAUUAUUGGAUUCAGUCAGAUGUCGAAAAGAAAUGUCUGCUUCACACGAUACCAAAUGUAUUUUAUUAAAACGAUCCUUAAUUUACAAAGAAGAGCCACAUGUGAUUUGUUGCCGAUUAUUCCUCUGGCCAAAUUUGAGAGAUGCAACAGAGCUGAAACGUUUGCCAAUCUGCACAGCCGACAGACACUCUAUUUAUGUUUGUUGCAAUCCUUUACAUUGGUGUCGGGUCCUCGAAACAGAUACUGCUCCGCCGCCUUACCAGGAAAUGGAGAGAUCGAAAUUCGAAGAAGAAGACUGCGCCAAAAUAUUAAGCAAUACCAACUUUUCGACCAAAAAAAUCACAAUCACUGAUGUUAAAGAUCAAAACUCUUGGUGCCAGGUAGCAUACUGGGAGCUAAAUGAACGCGUUGGAAAUCGUUGUUCUGUUCAUAAACCUUUUGUGAACAUUUAUGCAGAUGGAAGGGGAAAUAAUAACGACAGUCAGGAUUUUUGUUUAAGAGAUUUGACUGCAGAUAAGACCACACCACCUCGAGAGGAUGUUGAAUGUACUCGACAAAAAAUUGGUUUUGGUCUUAUAUUAAGUCAAGAGCCAGAUGGAAUUUGGCUUUACAACCGCUCUAUGGCCCCCGUUUUUAUUUUAUCACCAACCUUGAAUGAAAGCUUGUCAUGCGUUUAUAAGGUGACACCAGGAGAUUGCCUUAAAGCUUUCGAUAUUAAUAGGGCUCAAUCGCUGAUUUGUUCUUCACAAUUUCCUGGCGCAGAACUGGGUCCAGUAAAUACGCGAAGUAUCUGCAUUAGUUUCGUUAAAGGUUGGGGUAAACACUACAAACGGCAAAAUAUUAUGAAAUGCCCUUGCUGGCUUGAAAUAUUUUUUACACAGCGGUGACAUCCUAUUGCUACUAAAUUUAAAAUCAAAAAUUACAGAAAUUUCAGAUUAAUCUUAAAUAAGUACGAACCCUUUAUUAAAAAAACGAAGUCGAACACCGUUACACAACAACUAUAUCAUAAUAUAGCAUAAUAUAGUCAAUUUAUCUGCUAUUGCCUAUUUUCGUCAGUGUCGCAAUUACGAAUUAUGGAAUGAUCUAGCUGUUGCAAGGCAUACGUACUGGACAUGCGUAUGCAAUACAUUUAAAUGGAGAACAUUGUCAUAUACUUGGAAUUAAUUAAGGCAAGCCACGAAAAAAUUAAGAUAGGAAAGUCCUGUGAUUAAAAUACUUACGAUAGUUAGGAAUUAUUAUUAUUUGAGUAUGUUUUAUAUUUUAGUAAACUGCAUCUGAAAUGAAAGUAACAUAAGUUAUCGAAAAUAACGCGAGCGUUGAUCGCUUUUAGUGCCUAAUUAAAAUUGAUGCAGACUAAACUUAAGCAAGAAUAGUGUUCGAAAUUGUACAUGUGUAUACGUACAUAUUUACUAUUUAAAUUCUAUCUUUAUAGCACAUACAUACAACCAUAGAAACAUACAUAUAAUAUAUAGUAUAUAUAUAUAUAUAUAUAAAUUGCUUGUUUUAAUCAGCAUAAGUAGUAAAGGAGGACAAAAGUAGAAAAAAAAAUUUGCCUGAGGCAGUUUCAAUAAGAGAUAUAAAGAUAAAAGCAAAGACUUAAUUGUUUAUAUUUAGACAAAUCACAUACCUGCUUACUUACUUAAGUUUAUACAUUAUUUUGUAUGCGCAUAUUGCACGUACAUUUAUAUAUUAUUAAUAAAUACAUAUGGAUGUGUAUCCAGAACCAUUGGCAUACAUAUGCAUAAUACAGUAAGUUAACUUUUCUCACAGAGAUCAAAAAUUAUAAUUUUGGUAUUUAUGUAUAUUAAAAUAAAAAAUUGUGGAAAGAUGUA